AUAUGUUUUUGUUUUGAUCGUGCAGUGUUUGGUGUGGUGUUAUAAAAAAAAAAUAUAAUAAUUGUCUUAAAUCCAAGAUCCAAUGUCAAAAAGAAAUAUCAAAAAAUUUCGAUCAAGCGAGGCACCGCAAAGUUUUGGGCACAAAACUAAAUGAAGAGACGUGCAGACGCAGACGGAGGUGCGGUGGACGAUGGCACGAAAUUGUCCCGGUCGAGAUUUCGGCUGUCGGACGAUUUCUUUGACCGGCCGUGUCAGGAAGUGGCGGUCGGUCUUUUGGGCCAGACGCUGGUGCGGCAACAGGAGGACGGCUCGCAGCUGCGGUGCCGCAUCGUCGAGACCGAGUGUUACCUGGGGGUGGUGGACAAGGCCUGUCACACCUUCGGCGGACGAAGGACUGAAAAGAACGCGCCCAUGUACAUGAAGCCGGGCACAUCAUACGUUUACUUCACGUACGGGAUGUACCACUGCUUCAACAUCUCUAGCAAGGAGGAAGGGUCUGCGGUGCUUUUGAGAGCGGCUGAGCCUCUUGAGGGUGAGCAGACGAUGCAGCAGCACCGCCGGGCUCACCUCAAGACCCCGAGGGACAAGGCGUGGAAGCAACAUGAGCUGUGCAAUGGCCCCUCUAAGCUGUGCAUGUCCUUGGCCAUCGAAAGAUUCACCUGCAACGCUAAAGACCUGACCCAGUGGACAGGUUUGUGGCUCGAAGAGGCCGAGCGACCUGCGGAGGCCGUGGUUACCUCCACCAGGGUCGGAAUUGACUCGGUCGAGAAGGAGUGGAGACUGAAGCCCCUCAGGUUCUACCUGCUUGGCAGCAAAUCGGUCAGCAGGAGGGACAAAGAGCAAGAGGGAAAAAUUACCUGAAAAUUGUUUAUCUAAACACGUAAAAAUCUCAAUAUAAAUGUUCAGAUUCAUUUUUAUGACUUAAAUUGAGAUACAUUUUUUUUACUUUAAUUAAAUUAGUGUAGUUAUUUUACAA